CUCAGUUCCUGUACAUACUUUCCCCGAUCUCUCUUCUUUCAAUUACGAUUACUUCUCUUCUCUUUCUUCAAAAUUUUCUUUUAAUCACCAUAUGGGUUUUAUUGUUUUCAUGUUGAGAUUAGAAGAUAUUGUGAUAGAAGUUCCUUCUCCUUUUGAUAAUGAUCUAUGUCCUCCAUGGAGAUUGAUCUUGAAUUACCUGUAUGUGAGCAUGAGAAGCUUAAUGUUGGAAAUGAUGUUACAGAUACAGCAUGUGAUAUGCAUAUUGAAGAGCAAAGCAUUAAUCCUUCCUCAAUGACUGAACAUUGUAAGGAAGCUUUAGGUGAAAAUGCUUUAUUUUUCCAGGAUCAGGUGGAUUUGAAUUCCAAUCAAGUGGAUGCUAUUGGUAAAUUUCCCUUUAAAGAACCACAGAAUGGUUUGGAAUUUGAAUCCAAGGAGGCUGCCUAUUCUUUCUACAGAGAAUAUGCUCGCUCAGUGGGAUUUGGCAUCACGAUAAAAGCCAGUCGACGCUCAAAAAAGUCUGGUAAAUUUAUUGAUAUUAAAAUUGUUUGUUCCAGAUUUGGAAGUAAGCGUGAGUCCAGUACAGCGGUUAAUCCACGACCAUGUACAAAGACAGACUGUAAGGCUAGCAUGCAUAUGAAGAAGAAGCUAGAUGGUAACUGGAUCAUAUACAAUUUUGUAAAAGAUCACAAUCAUGAGAUCUGUCCAGAUGAUUUUUUCAGGGGACGUAGCAAACAAACAAAUAAUGUAGCUUGUCAGAAGAAGGGUAUGCAAUUGGCUCUAGAUGAGGGAGAUAUGCAGUUGAUGAUUGAAUACUUAGUGUCUAUGCAGUGUGAAAACCCCAACUUCUUCUAUGCAAUAGACCUGGAUCAGAAUAGACAUUUGAGAACUGUAUUUUGGGUUGACUCAAAAGGAAGACUUGAUUAUCAAAACUUCCAUGAUAUUGUGUUGAUCGACACUUUUUACCUGAAAAACAGAUAUAAAAUUCCUUUUGUUCCUUUUGUCGGAGUCAACCAUCACUUCCAGUACAUUUUACUUGGAUGUGCACUAGUUGGGGAGGAGACUGUUUCAGCUUUUAUAUGGUUAAUGCGAGCAUGGCUUAAAGCAAUGGGUAACCUACCUCCAAAGGUGAUUAUCACAGACCAAGAGCAAUGCUUGAAAGAAGCUGUCGUGGAAGUGUUUCCAGAUAAACGUCAUUGUUUCUGUCUAUCACAAAUUUUGUGUAAAAUCACCAAGAAUUUGGAUUAUAUCAUAGAUCAAAAUAAUAAUUUUAUGGAAAAAUUUGACAAAUGCGUUCAUAAUUCCUGUUCACAUGAGCAGUUUGAAAAGAGAUGGUGGAAACUGAUCAAUAGAUUUGAACUAGAGGAUGAUGAAUGCGUUCAGUCAUUGUAUGAAGACCGUAAAAAGUGGGUGCCUACAUACAUGCGAGACGUUUCUUUGGCUGGGUUAUCAACAACUGUAAGGUCUGAAAGUAUUUCAUCAUCCUUUGACAAGUACAUUUGUGUUGAUUCUACCUUUAAGGAGUUUAUUGAACAGCAUAAAGUUUUCUCUACAGACAGUUUUGAGAUGGAAGCGAAAGCUGAUUCUGAAACAAGACAAAAGAAACCUGCAUUAAGAUCUUUAUCACCUUUUGAGAAGCAGCUCUCUACAAUUUAUACAUUUGUCAUAUUUGGAAAAUUUCAAUUGGAGAUAUUAGGAAUGAUGUCUUGUCAUCUCCAGAAAGAAACAGAAGACAGGGCAAGUGUAACAUUUCUUGUUGAUGAUUUUGAGAAGCAGAAGAAGUUUAUUGUUUCUUGGAAUGAAGCAGAUUUGGAUGUCUGUUGUUCAUGUUGUUUAUUUCAAUACAAAGGUUUUCUAUGUAGACAUGCAAUACUUGUUCUUCAAAAGUCUGGCAUAACCAACAUCCCAUCCCGUUAUAUUUUAAAACGUUGGGCAAAAGAUGCAAAGGCCAAUCGAUUUGCUGGUGACAUAAGUACCAGGACUUCUAAUAGAGUUCAACGUUUUAAUGACCUUUGUAGGCGGGCAAUUAUAUUAAGUGAACUUGGGUCUUUAUCUGAAGAUACUUACCGUGUUGCAUCUCAGGCAUUGGAAGAAGUCUAUAAACAAUGUGUGAAUGCAAACAAUUCUGCUGGAAGCACUUUAGAGCCCAACAAGAUGGCUCUCAAUGUUUUUGAUGUUGAAGAGAAAAAUUAUGGCUGCCACAGGGCAAAACCUACCAAGAAAAGAAAGUCGUUUAAUAAAAGGGAAUGCUCUGAUUCAGAAAGAAUCAAUAUCAAGAUGCUGGACGAUUUCCAAAAGCGGGAACAGAGAAAUUCGAGAGAACCCAACUUCGAUAAUUGUUACAUAUCUCAGCAGGACAUGCAAACUGUGGACUUAGAUUCUAGAGCUUCAACUCUUGAUGGCUAUUAUGGGGCUCAACAGAAUGUGCUUGAAGACGCGCAGAUGAACUCAGUUUCUGUCGUGCAUGAUGGCUAUUAUAGCAGUCAACUGGCCAUUCUAGGGCUGGGGCAAAUGCCUUCCGUGUCAAGCCGUGGUCCACAUUAUGGGAUGCAGCACAGCAUACAAGGACCGAUACUUCAAGGACAGCUCACUUUCAGAACGCCAACAGUGCAAGGGUGUUUUGACCUUCAAGAUAGUAUAGAACUUAUGGAACAACCUAUUAGGGCCUCACAGUCCCAUGGCAUUACAUCAAAGCAAAGCAACUAGAUGUUGAUAAAUCACUUUCCUGAUAGCUGGAAGAAUACUGUUUCUUUCUAUGUCAGAUUAUAACGCUAUAUGUAUAUAGGUAAUAUGUGUUAAAGCUCUUUUUGCCUGGGAAGUAGGGGAAAAUUGCACUCUUGACCAAAAAAUGAGAAAAAGAUAGCUUCUACUAUA